AUGGGCCUGAUCGAGAAGUUACAAGCAAAGCAGCGCUAUGCGCGCCGGAAACACCGCAGCACAUUUACUGGCGUGCAGUAUGUUGACGGUGAAUACAUAUACUCGAACAGCUCAAACUCAUCAUCUGGGACAAUCUCAAAACAUUCACAUGGGUCUUGGAAGGUCCCAUCCUGGGGCUCGAACGACCCACGAAACCGUUGAUACGAA